AUGGCAGAUAAUCCUAUGCAUGUAUUUGGUGAUAGCAUCGGUUCCUGGGUACAGAAUGAAGGGACUAGUGCGAUUCUCCACAAUGUCACUCAGCUGACCGAACUCGGAAUACAAUCAUCUCUUGUGGCGCAAUUCCCUCACCUAACAGAGGUGGAUGAAUUGAUUCUGGAGGGAUCCUUCGCUAAUUUCGGCGGUGACGACUUUUCCCCAGUCCUCCCCAACCUUGUGCAAGUGAACGGAGACGCCAUUUUCAAAAGAAAAUUCAGUCCUAUCAAGGUCGGUGAUCUUGAAGUAGGUGGGAAUCUGACAAUCCAAGAUAAUGGUGCUGGCAAUUGGGACACUGCCUCGGUGGGUGGCAGCAGCGACGGAUCACUGUCUGAGGACUAUUCUACAUAUGAGUGGAACAUCCAUCAUGUCGAAGGCCACUUUAUCGUUUCGAAUGUCUCAAAUGUCGCCAUUUCAAUGCCGAAUCUUACAAACGUCAAUGCACAGCUCACAAUCGAGAAUUGUGUCAACAGCACAUUUUCUUUUGCUAGUACCACCAGCAUCCCAGUACUAUUGAUGCAAAACAAUCCUGGCAGUCUCUUGCCAGGUAAUUUUCGGACGUUGCAAUUCGCAGAUACAGUGGUACUAAAUGGCAACAUCGACAUGUCAUCAAAUGGUAACAUUUUUCCAUCACUGAGACUUGUUCAAGGACAGGUUACAAUCGAAGCUUGGAACGCGGAUUUCAACUGCUCAAAAUUGGUACAACAACAGAGGGAUGGACUGAUCGGCCAUCUUACUUGCAACGGGACAGACAGCGGAAAUUCCACCACAACAACCAGCGUCCAGCCUGUACCGAGCGACCAAGGGAGCUCCCUCUCACUAGGUGCAUGGGUAGGAAUUGGCGUUGGUAUUGGCGUUCUCGCACUCGCUCUGAUCUUCUCGUUUAGCUGGACGCUGUCACACCGUCGCCGCAGGAAUAUGGAACGCAAGAUAAAUAUGAAUGCAGAGGCUGCCCCAUCGCCCGAUGUCGUGAUGGCGCACAACGGGCAUGACUUGCCGCCAAGAAUUCUGGAGUUUGAAGGCGAUACCAGCUUUCGACCUGCCGAGAUGGAUGGGCGUCGCUCUCCCGUCGAAAUGGACGCUACACCACGACCGGUGGAGAAGCCAGCUUAG